CCGCAAGCCAAAGCGAGCCAUAGAGAAGCAAGGGCGCACUCGCCCCGCAACUUAGCUCUCGCCAUUGCCGCCCCCCUUUGGAUCAGCGGCGCCUCACAAGCUCAUAACCCCAAGGAACUUGUCUGAUCCCUCGGGUUCACGCCUUUCGCCUGAACUGAUCAGAACAUUCUGGAAGAAGGGGGAAAUACGAACAAACCCUAGCUCGACGGUUCAGCGAAGGCGAAUUUACUUGGUGGCUCUUUCAUCUCAGUUAUCGCAUUUUCGAUGCCAAGCGCUUGGACAAAUUUGAGCUUUGGAAUCAUUCAUAGGGAUGUAUAUGGGGAGUGGGACAAAUCAGGGUGGAGUUGUGUUUAUUUGUAUAUAAUUGGAGGUUCUUGUUCACACUCGGAAGAUAUUUUCAGCUACAAAAAUUUUAAGAGAGGAUGAGGAGAGCAAAUUUUAUUACAAAAAAAAUUUAUAGCUGUGGAGCAUCUUGGAACGUAUGAGCAAUGGAGCUCUGGAGCACCGCUUGCCUCAAGGAUUGCUCUUUUGUCGAACGUGUUCAGUUGAAAUGAGUGGUCGUUUCUCUCGAACAAUUUAUGUGGGAAACCUUCCCGCAGACAUAAGAGAAAGGGAAGUUGAAGAUCUUUUCUACAAGUAUGGCCGUAUAUUGGAUAUUGAGUUGAAGAUCCCUCCUAGGCCUCCUUGUUAUUGUUUUGUGGAGUUUGAGAAUGCUCGAGAUGCAGAAGAUGCAAUCAAGGGUCGAGAUGGGUAUAACUUCGAUGGUUGUCAUCUGAGGGUUGAACUUGCUCAUGGAGGUCGAGGGCCAUCUUCUUCAAGUGAUCGUCGUGGUGGGUAUGGUGGCACUGGUGGCAGCAGUGGGCGCUAUGGCAUUUCUCGUCAUUCUGAAUAUCGAGUUAUUGUUCGUGGGCUUCCAUCAUCUGCUUCAUGGCAAGAUUUGAAGGAUCAUAUGAGAAAAGCUGGUGAUGUGUGCUUUGCUGAGGUUUCCCGUGAUAGUGAUGGAACAUUUGGUCUUGUUGAUUAUACUAAUUAUGAGGACAUGAAAUAUGCUAUUCGGAAACUCGAUGACACUGAAUUUAAAAAUCCUUGGACCAGAACUUACAUCCAGGUGAAAAUGUCUGAUGGUAGUCCAUCAAGGAGCCGGAGCCGGAGCAGAAGUCCUAGAAGGAAUAGGAGGUCACCAUCAAUUUCUAAAUCUCCUUCUCGUGUGAAAUCAUCCAGACCGAGGUCGAGGUCAAGGUCGAGGUCUGAAUCCCCCCGUCAGGCUCGCUCAGGAAGUGGCUGAUUUCUGUACAAUCUGAUUGGUCCCCUGCCGGGACCUUUGCUUGGAACGGAGGGCCUGAGCGCAUAUUUGUUCAGUAAGAUAACAUUAAAAAACCUCAAUGCUAGAACAUUUUUACUGUUAGCAAGUCUAUGGAUUGACUGAAGGUUACGUUCAUGCCUUUGGUUAUCAUAUUUGAGGUAUAAGCACUGUAGGCGUUGAGAUCUUCUUGACCUUUGUAUGGAGAACUUGGAUUGGACGGGA